AUGAACGAGGAGAUUCUAGCUAAGGAGAAACAGAAAUGUAUCCUCAUCGAGGUCAAGGAAAGGUUCGACAGCCUUAAAUUGGAAACUAUGAAAAUCGAGGAGAUAAAAUUAGAGUACGUGGAGGAAGAAGAAAAGAAGGAGAAGGAAAGGCAAGAGAAGAAGAACGCGAAUGCUCAAGAAGAGGAUAACGAGCCUUGGUCGACGAUACAAUUCUACGAGCGAGAUGUCGAAAUUGGCGAAGCCUUCUGUGCCCGGGAACGAAGCGUUCUAGUGAGCGGCAUCAAGCCAGGUGGCUCCUGUUGCCAGAAGAAUUUCUAUAUUUCCGAGUUACCAAACAGGUCACUCUCGCUCCGUUCUAUGCUCGUUAACUCCCUCAACAUUGAAUUCAACUACUACGGUGGAAAAGUAUUUAUCACGAACCACAGUCCCUUUUCGAUCUACACCCAGGGCUGGGUGACCAACGAGAUAAUGAAUAAGCACAAAGCAACUGUAGUGGAAAUCGGAGCGAAUGUGGGGCCCGUUUAUGUCUUUUGCUUGGAGAUUUACGCGGAUCUACUGAAUCGUACUACUGAGAGGAUGACUUCCGCUAUCCACGCGACGGGGCUAGAGGAAAUAGCCCGUUGUACAAUGGAGCUGAAUAAAAUGUACCACCGCUGUGUGAUACGCAUCUCGCUCCAACCGUAUGGAGAAAAGUACGAAAGAAACUACAUCAAGGAAACUGAUCAUUGGAUUGAACUAAAGCUUUCCACCGCCCAAAUAUGGCUGAACAAAGUAAAGGCUUUCUUCGCCAACGUCAAGCUUCAAAACAACCAAAACUAA